AUGACGGCACUUUCAAUACUGGACCCAGUGAGAGUAGGCGCCGCUCCGCGCUGCUACCACAAUGUGUCUUCCGGAGAGGUGGAAGUGGAAGUUGCAGAGGAUUCUGUCAGUGGGAGUUGGAGGAAAGUUUUCUUGUCCGAAAGGAGCAGCAUUAAAGAGUCUUGUCUGAGGAACGCUUCGUCAUCUUCCAACUACUCCAACUGGGCCUUCAACCUCCGCUCCGGACAAGACGUUAUCCUCAAGGAUAGGGGAGGGGGUGUUGAGGAAACGCAACGAACGGACGAGGAAGACGGCGGCGAUGAGGUGAAGAUGGGUUCCGUCAAGAGCUGCAGAGGCGCCGCAGGUUCAUUGGACCCAGUGACUGACAAUUUAUCUCCACUUGCCAAGGGUAGUUAG